AUGUUUGGUGGUAAAAGUUUUUGGAAGUAUACAUGUGGCCCAUAUCCUACAUCUCUAUAUUUUAAGUCUUCUGGUCCUGGUCCUCUUCUAUAUCUGAACUUUGAUCCAUAUUACUAUUUAUAUGUGUAUGAUGGUACUAAGUGGGUUCUAAGAGAGGAACUCUCGCAUCGUUCCUCCGUCAAACUAGAACCAUCUCUGUAUCCAGAAAAUAUCACCAUUUUUACUGAAAAAAUAGAAGGUGAGUCCGUGAAGGUUGUUGAGAAUGAUACGUGUCUUUAUAGAGUCUAUGAUCAUGGUAAUGGAAUAUUCUUAUACGUCUUCGAUUUAGAUGCUAGAUGUGUCGAAGUGAAGUAUCGUGGUCAUACUGUUACAAAGAGACAGUCCCGUGGUCCAUAUCCAAGAAGAAUUGUUUUUGAUUCACGAACAUUAACAUUUGAAUUUGAGUUCCAGAAUAAAUCAACCAUUUAUAGAGUAUAUGAUUCGGGCUGGUAUAUAUCUGAUGUUUCUGAUAAAUUAGAACAUAUUGAAUAUGAAAUCCCUAACUGGAUUUUGCAACAUUCAUACUAUAAAUUUGGAUCUAAAUUGUACUUAUCCAACUUCAGAAUGUUGACCUCUGACAAUAAGUAUGGUUCAGAUGCCAAACCCGUAAGUGUUCACAACUUUAUAUUAAGUUGUAACAAAUGGGUUUUUGGAUACUUCUAUCCCGUGCCAAUUAAUAUACCGUAUCUCGAACUCACUUAUAAGGGUCACAUCGUUUUUAAGUCCACUGAGUAUCCCUACAGAGGAAACCCGAGGAUAGUACUAUUCAACAUUGAUGAUAAUAAAAUAUGUGUUUUCUUUGAUUCCAAAUUCAAACUAUCGUUCAAUUAUAUAGAUGUGUCUGAUAAGAAAACAGUUGUUGAAACUGAACGUAAACCUGAGAUUCCUGAGACUUCUCAAAUUCUUAAGACUGUAUCUGAACCCGUUAGUGAACCUAAAACUGAAUCUGUAGUUACUAAGGAAGUCAGUGAUAAGACUGUUGCCAAACCAUUACCAAAACCAGCUAAGACAGAUACUAAAGUUGAUAGACCUCCAGAGACUAAACCAGAACCCAAACCAGUCCCAAUAGAGGUAUCAAAACCAGAGAUAAAACCUGAUAUUGUAGUUACCGAAAGUGUGUCAAAACCCGUUGAUAAAUCAGUUGUAACUUCUGAAUCACCUAGAGUUAAGGAACAAACGAAACCUCCCGAGAAACCUGCUGUAUCCAAAGAAGUUCCAAUCCCAUCCAGUGAUCAGGUUAUAAAACCUUCUGAAAUUGUCCACAUUACAGCUAAGGAACCUGCCAAACCUCCUGAACCUGCCAAGCCUACACCUGCUAUCACAGUUGAGGCUAAACCUACAACAGCUCGCGAGACGAAACCUGUUACCCUUGACAUUAAUAAGACUAAGAGCACAGAACAGAUUGAAUACUCAAAGAGUUCCGAUAAGAAGUUUCAUAUAUACGCUCCUAAGGAUGGAAACUCUUUCAACAAAAUUACCGAGAAAAACACUGUUAUAUGGGAGCCAAAAGAUGAGGUGUAUGGUAGUUUGGUCAGAAUUAAGGUUGAGGGUAAGGAGAAACAUCUUGCCAUACUACUUCAGAACCGUAACUUAGUACUAUUCCACAAGACUAAUAAACAACCAUGGACCGAUAUAACCAAGGAUAGGUAUGACGUUACUGCACUGAAGUUUUAUCGUGACGCUGACACUGAACUCACUUCUGCUGAUUACAAGGUAUCUAUUGUAAGUGAAUACUCUUACAGAUUUAAGUUUAACAGUGGAGUUAAAUGUAAGAAAAUAAAAUACGGUGAUGAUGACGUAUGGAAGAGUACGGAUGAUACCGAAUAUUCGGACGCUAUUAUGCUCGAUAUCGGCCUUAUUUCCAAUAAUUUUUUCGUCUAUAAGAAUGAAAAUGAUUUCAAGAAACUAGAUUAUGGAGGGCCAAUCACCCCUCGCGUGACUGAGGUAACAACUCCAGUUAAGGCAGAACCUGAAUCUCCAUUAAUUAAAGAGGCGAGCGAACCAGUAAAAGAAUCGUCCGAACCGAUUAUUGGUAAAGAGGUUUCUAAACCAGAGACCGAGCCUUCUAGAACACGUCCAGUUAAAGCUCCUGUAUCGGCUCCCUCUAUCAAGCCAGUAAUAGUUGAUAUUGAUGUUCUUGACAGUACACAUCAUUUCAAUUACUCUGAAAUUGAUAUGUGUUGUAUAUACGUUCCGAAGACUGGGCGCUUAUUUUGUAAGGUUAUUCAGGGUAAAACUGGAAUUUGGGAGGCCAAAGAUAACGUGUAUUGUACGUUUGUCAGAACUAAGACUGAGGGUAACGAGAAAUACUUGUCAAUUUUACUUGAUAACAAUACAUUCAAACUGUUCCAACAUUUAUCGGGCAAGUGGACUGAUAUCACCAAUAAGAGGCAUGAUGUUACGAAACUCAAAUUCCUUGGCCAUGGUGACGUCGAUCUCAAGUCAACCAAUUACAAUGUUACCAUCGUUGACUACUCAUACAGAAUCAAAUUCAGUGAUGAAGCAAACUGCCGCAAGAUCAAGUAUGGAGAAGAUUAUUUAUGGAAACAUUCCGAUGAUAGUGAGUUUGAGUCAUUCAAGAUGUUCGAUCUCUGUCUUAUUUCAAACGAAUUCUUCAUCCUCAAGAGUGAGUAUCAAUUUAAGAAACUAGAGUUCAAACCAUCAUCUCCAUCCACGGCAACCUUAGUUAAGCCAACACCUGUAACAUUUGCAGUUUCUGAACCUGAGACUAGACCUGCACCUGGUGCAUCAAAAGAAGUAGAUGAACAACCAUCAUUCACUCUACUUAGUUUAGAUAUUGGCCAAAGAGAAGAUGGUAAAGGGUUUUAUUUUUCUAGGAAAGAUAAAAAUGGAACUUUCGUUUCUAAAUUUGGUUACGGUUUUAAUGUUGUUAUGCAUAACAAAACUGAAAUUUGGAAAACAGAUGAUACGAAAAACUAUUCCACCAAAAUAGUAAUUGAUGGUCUAGGCACAUGUGGAACUACAAAGAAUAUUGAUAUUUUCUUGCUCAAUGGAGAGAUGAAACAGUUUAAUAGACCUAGUAAAAAUAAACCAUGGGAAGAGAAAUCUAAGAUAAUAUCUGUUGACCUUAAAAAGAUAGAAAAUACCACCGAGUAUGGAUUUUCCACCGAAGAUAUCUAUACCACAAUCUUUACAAAACAUAGUUAUUCAUUAAACAAGUUAGUUAAAGGCAACAAAGUUGUUUGGGAAGACCAAAGUGGUUGUGGUACAAAUAAAGUAGUAUUUGUCCAAUCAGUCAAUAAAGAGAAAUACCUGGCUAUAAUUCUUACUAAUAGCAACAUUGUACUACUUCACAAGAGCGGUAAGAAUAAACCGUGGGAAAACAUAACCAAUACCAGGAAUAGUCUAUCAUAUAUUAAGGCUUUCAAGGAUGAUGGUACAAAACUAGAUUCCAGUCAAUAUAAGAUAGAAUUAAAUAAGUUUUCAUACGGAUUUAAAUUUAAUUAUAUAAUGAAAUGCCAUAAAAUCCUAUAUAAAGACGAGGUAGUUUAUAAGUACGAUGGUGAUAGAGAAUUUGAAUUUUUAAAAGGAAUAUAUCUUUAUCUAUCUUCAAAUAGGUUCUAUGUUCUAAAUAUGGAAAAUGAAAGUAAAUUGCUAGAUAAAGAGAGUGAUUUAAUAACGUUAGAUGUCAAGAAAAGACAAAGCACAGUUGAAUAUGUGUUUUUGGAGAAAACAAAUUUUCCAACCUUCGUUUACAGGGAUAGUUAUUUGUUUAAUAAAAUUGUUCAUGACAAAACCCCUGUUUGGGAAUCUGGUGGUGAUAACGAUUAUUCCUACAAAGUCGUUUUGGAUAAUACCUCUGGAUCCUCUAAUUGUAAAAAUAUAACGGUACAUUUGGUUAGCGGUCAUGUUAAGUAUUUUUAUUAUUCAAAAGAUUCGAACAAAACAGAUAAGUGGCUGGAAAAAUAUAAAACCUUUGUACUAAAUGUCGAUGAAACUUCAGGUAAAACUGAAUUCGAUUAUAGUGUGGAUGGAAAUAAAAGAAUAUUUAGUGCAAAACCGGGUUUUGUGUUUUAUAAAAUAAUAGAUUCAAAAAUCACCUUUUGGAAUUCUAGAAGUCAUUUUGAUUUUGCAAACAAGGUUGUUUUAUAUGAGACUGAUUCAAAUAAAAUUUUUUUCUUAUUAUUUCAUGAAGAUAAUACUCUUACACAUUUAUAUAAGAAGGAUAAGUGGUAUUCAAGAAUUGGUGUGGUAUUGGAUAUUAGCAUAAGCAGAGACGAGAGUUCGUUUUAUUAUGGCGAGGAUUACGAAUCUAAAGUUGAGUUUUAUCAUCCUAAGGAAAAAAGGGUAUUCAUUAAAGUAGUGAAAUAUAAUGAAAUUAUUUGGGAAACAGAAAAUCCUGAAGAGUAUGCCAUUAAAGUCUUAACUGAUGGUACUGGUAGAUCAAGUAAAAAUAGAGUAACGAUUCACAUGUCUAAUGGUGAGAUAAAACACUUUUAUAAGGAUGGAGAUAAACCAUGGUCGAAAGCAUGUGGCAAAAUAGCUCUUGACAUUGAGAAAAAGAGGGGAAGUAUUGAGGUUGAUUAUGUUGAUGGAUUUUUCAAAAUUUAUACUCCUAAAGCUGGUUAUAAAUUUAUUCGAGUUGUCAAAGGUAAAAAACCAGACAUUGUUUUUUGGGAAGCCAAAUCUGAUGAGUAUGCAACUGAAGUUAGAAUAAUACCCUUUGAGUCAUCUGAAUAUGUGCUGAUUUUUGUUUAUGAAUCGAAAUUCGUUCUAUUUCACAAGGGCGGUGACCACAAAGACUGGACUGACAUCACAGAUACAAGAUGUAGGCUUUCAGAUCUCAAAUUCUAUAAACACGUCAAUCGUUCUGAAUAUUCUGAAAUUGGUUCUAGUCUAUAUAAGAUAACGAACAAAAAUACAUCAUACGUUUAUUCAUUCAAAUGUAAUGUUGAGUGUGAUCUAAUUCAAUAUAAGGAUAAAACUCUUUAUAAGUUUAAUCCUGAUCUUGGAUACCCCUCAAAAAUUCAUUUCGACAUUUAUAGAAAUAGUUUUUACGCAUUUUACUCUGGUGAUAUGUGCCAUAGACUUUAUUUAGGUGAAGAAAUAAACGCGAUAAGUUUAAGUAUUAAUGUAAAGGAUAGUACCGAUCAGUUUGAUUAUGUUCAGACAGAAGAAAUUGAAAGAUAUAUACCAAAAGUGGGUUAUAUGUUCAAUUCUCUGACAGAACAUAGGACUGGUUAUUUUUAUACAGAUUGUUGUAAGUUUGAUUGUUGCGAGGGUGAUUGCUGUGACUCGGAUUGCUGCGAUUGCGAUUGCUGUGAACCCGGUUGCUGUGGCUCUGGUUGUUGCGGUUGCGAAUGUGAUUGUUUCGAAUCAGGAUUAUGUGGCUACAAAUGCUGUUAUUGUACUUGUUGUGAUUUUGAUUGUUGUGGUUCAGCUUGUUGCGCCUCAGGAUGUUUCAGCUUUGGAUGUCGUCGUUCGGUUGAUCAAGUUAUUUGGGAAACAAAAGAACCUCUUGAGUACGCAACUAAAGUCAUAAUAGAUUGCUCUGAAGAAGAUGAACAGACCUUGACAAUUAUCAUGUGUGAUGGUUUCAAACAAGUGUUUACUAGAUCAGAUAAGAAUGAGGCAUGGGAAGCAGCCCCUGAGAACAAACGAUGCAUAGAACACACUAAUGUAUCACAAUAA